GUGGCCAUGCAGAACCACAGCGCCUUCAGUUUAAACUCCACCAGCUGGACUACAGAUAACCUGGUCAGCAGUGGGCUGAUGGGUCUCUGCUUCGUGAUUGGAGUUCCUGGUAAUAUCGCAGUAAUUAUUUUCAUAGUUUGGCAUUUCAAAAAAGACAAUUUCACCGUUCACCUGAUGCUGAACCUGGCAGCCGCGGACAUCUUGUGUUUGAUGACCCUGCCCACGUGGAUCUACAACCAACUCUACAGCUGGAGCAUCGGUCAGUCAUCCUGCAAGUUCUUCACAGCGCUCGUCUACUGCAGCACGUACUCAAGUGUGAUAACGGUGACUAUGCUGAGUGUGUAUCGUUGUUUACGGAUUCGACAUCCACAGCUGUGGUCCAGAAUGAGCAAGGGAAGAGAGAGAGCGCUGCUGAUCUGCGGCUGGGCUCUGGCACUGCUCUUCUCUUGUCCUGGGGUCCUUACGCAGGAGAUCGUUCAAAGCAAAUCCAAGAAAUCUUGUGGCAGGAUCUUGUAUUCAGAGGAGUACAGGCUCGCUGUUGCCAUACUGGAGACGCUGCUGGCUUUUUUUCUUCCUUUCACGGUCAUAUUGACUUCAUAUUGCUGCCUGCAUCAGAAGGUGACACAGGGAGCAUUCAGCCACAGGCAAAGAUCAACCAAACUGGUGACCCGGAUUGUGAUAACUUUCUUUAUUUUUUAUGCUCCACACCAAAUUGUUAAUUUGUUUCAAAUGUUUGAAAUAGCUUUUAAAUCGUCACUACCAGUUUUCUCAGCUAAACUCCUUGAGAUCAGAAGUUCCAAGGAAGUCUUACGUUCAUUAACAGCUGCGUGA